GGAGGGGAGGGAGCCGUGUGUUCGGUGGGAAAGGCCCUGAAUGUGUUUUCACAAGCGUCCAUGCCUGUAUAAGUGUGGGGCCCGGUGCUAGUGUGAGAGUGUGAGCGAGUGUGCGAUUAUGAGCCUUGAGUGUGAGUUUGUGUUUAUGGGAUGAGCACUUUGACAGAACUGAGGACUGGGGUUUGGGAAAGGCCAUGUGUGAGUAUGAAAAUCCCCAAGAGUCUGAGCAUGUGUGAGCACGCGGGGACACCUGAGAACCCAGAUGAGUGGGAGUGUGUGCGGGUGUGAACACGAAAGUGUGAGCGUGCCAACAGUCCUCAGGUUUGUGUGCCUCUGUGUUCUCGUGAAUGGAAGACACCUAGGUGACAGGCAGGUCAUCAGCGCCCCCAACACCUGGAGAAAAUUGGGAGGGAUCCUGCUUCUGGUGGGGGUUCCAGCUAUGGGGGAUUCUAGCUGGGAAGGUCACCUGGGGCUUAGGAUAUGCUGCUUCCUGGCCUGGGUGGGAGUAGGGAAUUUCCAGGCAUCCACCAGGUUCCCAAGUGGGAUACUCGCUGUCAGUUACUGGCCCUGGAGGCUCUAGAGACUCUGUUCCCAUGGCAACAGCUGGGGGGCCCUCUUCAGAGCUGCCUUUCCUGGACUCUGCCCUCCUUCCCCUCUUUGCUGAGCCUGGUAGCCUGGCCCCGGGCCCAGGGUUGGGCAACCCAGGUGGCAGCAUGUCUCCGUCCCCAGCCCCCAUCGCGGCACCUCCCUGGGACCUGACGGGUCUCUCCCAACAGGUGACCAGCGCCAUGUCCAGCCAGGUGGUGGGCAUCGAGCCUCUCUACAUCAAGGCGGAGCCGGCCAGCCCCGACAGCCCGAAGGGCUCUUCGGAGACCGAGACUGAGCCCCCCACGGCCCUGGCCCCUGGUCCAGCUCCCACUCGCUGCCACCCAGGCCACAAGGAGGAGGAGGAAGGGGAGGGGGCUGGGCCCGGCGAGCAGGGUGGUGGGAAGCUGGUGCUCAGCUCCCUGCCCAAACGCCUCUGUCUGGUGUGUGGGGACGUGGCCUCUGGCUACCACUAUGGUGUGGCAUCCUGUGAGGCCUGCAAAGCCUUCUUCAAGAGGACAAUCCAGGACCUGUGCUUGUCCUGGGCGAGUCAGGGCUCUCCUGUCAGCUGGGCCCCCUCCGGGCCUUGGGAGGCCGCCACUGGAGCCCUGCCUCUUCCUGGCAGGGAGCAUCGAGUACAGCUGCCCGGCCUCCAACGAGUGCGAGAUCACCAAGCGGAGACGCAAGGCCUGCCAGGCCUGUCGCUUCACCAAGUGCCUGCGGGGGUGCGUCUGGACCGUGUCCGGGGCGGGCGACAGAAGUACAAGCGGCGGCCAGAGGUGGACCCGCUGCCCUUCCCGGGGCCCUUCCCUGCUGGACCGCUGGCAGUAGCUGGAGGUCCCCGGAAGACUGCCCCAGUGAAUGCACUGGUGUCUCACCUGCUGGUGGUUGAGCCUGAGAAGUUGUACGCCAUGCCUGACCCAGCGGGCCCCGAUGGACACCUCCCGGCUGUGGCUACCCUCUGUGACCUCUUUGACCGAGAGAUUGUGGUCACCAUCAGCUGGGCCAAGAGCAUCCCAGGCUUCUCGUCUCUGUCGCUGUCUGAUCAGAUGUCAGUACUGCAGAGUGUGUGGAUGGAGGUGCUGGUGCUGGGCGUGGCCCAGCGCUCGCUGCCACUACAGGAUGAGCUGGCUUUCGCCGAGGACCUGGUCCUGGAUGAAGAGGGGGCGCGGGCAGCCGGCCUGGGGGAGCUGGGGGCUGCCCUGCUGCAACUGGUGCGGCGACUACAGGCCCUGAGGCUCGAGCGGGAGGAAUACGUCCUGCUGAAGGCCCUGGCCCUUGCCAACUCGGACUCUGUGCAUAUUGAGGAUGCCGAGGCUGUGGAGCAGCUGCGAGAAGCCUUGCACGAGGCCCUGCUGGAGUAUGAAGCUGGCCGGGCAGGCACUGGAGGGGGUGCUGAGCGGCGACGGGCAGGCAGACUACUGCUCACCCUGCCGCUCCUUCGCCAGACCGCGGGCAAAGUGCUGGCCCAUUUCUAUGGGGUGAAGCUGGAGGGCAAGGUGCCCAUGCACAAGCUGUUCUUGGAAAUGCUCGAGGCCAUGAUGGACUGAGGCAGGGGGUGGGCACGGGUAGGGGGUGCUGGCAGGACCCACCCAGCAUGGGGUCAACCCCAAGGGGGCAAAGCUGGGGUUUGGGCAGUGCCACAGCCUGCUGGCAGGGCCAGGGCAAUGCCAUCAGCCCCUGGGAACAGGCCCCACGCCCUCCCCUCCCCACUCCCAGGGGACGUCAAAGUUGGGAAUGCAUAUGCCCAGGCUCUGGACACAGUGCUGCCCCUUGCAAGCCAUAACAUGUCCCCAGACUGUCGGGGGCCUUGCGGAAGCCAUAGGAGGCUGCAGGGGAAAUGUGGGGGCAGAAGCCUGAUCUCAGGGAGGGAAGGGGAUGGAGGCCAGAGUCUCCCAGUGGGUGAUGCUUUUGCUGCUACUUAAUCCGACUCCGUCUCCAGAGCAGAGGGGGACUUGAAGAGCAAAGGCCCUGCCCCCUUCACUCCUCAUCAUUCGCAUUGGGCAUUGUUGCCCCCCCUUGAAGCAAUAACUCCAAGCAGGCUCCAGCCCCUGGACCCCCUGGGGUGGCCAGGGUCCCCCAUCAACUCCCACCCAGCCUCCUCAGGGGUAGGGAGAGCACUGCCUCGAUGCCCUGCAGAGCAAUAACACUAUAUUUAUUUUUGGGUUUGGCCAGGGAGGCGCAGGGACAUGGGGCAAGCCAGGGCCCAGAGCUCUUGGCUGUACAGAGACUAUUUUAAUGUAUAUUUGCUGCAAAGAGAAACCGCUUUUGGUUUUGAAACUUUAAUGAGAAAAAAAUAUAUAUGAUAUCAAGCUCAAGAACA